AUGGAUACAGAAUCUGAUAAAUAUGGUCGAAAUAUUCUUCAGCAAAAUAUUCGCGAUUUGCUUGAUUCCAAUCUGCCUGCACAAAUAUCACAACUAGAGGAAAGUACUAGCCGUCUGGAGCAUUUAGCAGCUUAUUGUGAAGCCAAUUACCUUCAAUCACAAAAUAAAGCGGACGCCCUACUUUCAACAAAACAAUGUACUCUCCAAAGCCUUGCUGGUGUAGCCUAUAUUGUUGGAGAAUUAUCUCGCUCUUUACAAAAUUCUUUAGAGCUAGAGCAAAUUAAUUUGUCUCAAAAGACUGGAGAAAUUGAAAAUAUUUGUCAGCUUAUCGCAAUCAGAAAAGAAAAGGCAGCAAGACGGGAAAUUGGCAAAUUGACAACUGCCAAGAAUGUGGUACGCCAAACAAAAAUAAUUUAUCCUUCAACGGAGGAACCAACUCCUCGUUAUCAACGGACAGCGAUUGAUUUUUCAAUUUUAGACGGUGUUGGACAUGGUAGACGCGUUACCUCUUUACACAACAAUGAUUAUGGAAGUAUUGGACAUUCAUUAGGGGUUAUGAAUGCUUAUGCUGCUUUUGCUGGGCAUAUUUCUGGUGAUAGAUCUAUAUCAACAACUUCAGCUGAAAGCACUGAUGGAGUAGCUAUUGGUGGGGUUGUUCAACAACAACGUUUACAACCCGUUUAUGACUAUUAUUCUCGGUCGGGUAACUAUGGAACGUUAACUCGAGGUUCAAUUCGCUCUGCGAUGGGUGGAGAAGCAAUUUGUGGUGCAACUAAUCAGACUCAAUCUGCUCAUCAACAGUUAAAUUCUUCUCAAAACUACAAUCGUUACCACUCCUCAAUGCUUCAGCCAGCAAUAAAUGUUGUAAGUCAACAACAAAUUUAUGGUGAUGGACAACACGCACGUUAUGCUUCAACAAUUGGAUUAAAUGAACAAACAAGGCGACAGACAAUUGGAAAUACAAAUAGAUAUAAUAAUAAUAAUUGCGAUUAUGGAACGUUAAGACCGCAGCAAAUGACUACAGCAACGCCAAUUCAAAGUGCCGUAUCACAACAAGAUCAGCAUUAUAUGGUUAAUUGGAAUCGAGGAAUGGAGUUUAAUGAAGUUACAAAUAACGAACCUUUAGACAAAUCUGCAGAUUAUUCAGAUGAUGCUCUUCCUCUUCCCCCUCCUUUGUUAUUAAGCGCUGUAAACAUAAAGGAUGACCAACAUAUUCAACGGUUUGGCAAUGAGCAUGAUGACAGUUUUCCACUUCCCCCGCCUCCAUUAACUGUCGAACAAGAAUCUAUUAAUUGUAUGGCUGUCCCAAAUUGGGUGCCUCAUCAAUAUAUUGAAAAAGCAUUUGUGUUAUAUGAUUAUGAAUCAAGAAAUGCUGAUGAAUUACGUUUAUAUCAGGGAGCGACUGUUUACGUGUUGAAAAAGAAUGAAGAUGGGUGGUUUGAGGGAGUAAUGGAUGGAAUUACUGGACUUUUCCCUGGAAAUUAUGUUCAGACAUUACAAAAUUAA